AUGGAGGAAGAACAACCAAAUCAUUCUCUUCAAGAAAAUCACAACCUUAUCAAUGGAGCCAAUCGAAACAUCAUUUUCGGAAAAUACGAGAUGGGGAGGGUUUUAGGGCAAGGCACUUUUGCCAAAGUGUACUAUGGGAAAAACCUCAAAUCCUCCGAAAGUGUAGCGAUUAAGGUUAUAAACAAAGAUCGGGUGAAGAAAGACGGUAUGAUGGAGCAAAUCAAGCGUGAAAUCUCUGUUAUGCGAUUAGUUCGACACCCCAACGUUGUUGAAAUCAAAGAAGUUAUGGCAACAAAGCAGAAAAUCUUCUUUGUAAUGGAAUAUGUUAAUGGGGGAGAACUUUUUGCAAAAGUGGCGACAGGGAGAUUGAAAGAAGAUUUGGCGAAAAAAUAUUUUCAGCAGUUAAUUAGUGCGGUGGAUUAUUGCCAUAGCCGCGGCGUUAGCCACCGCGAUUUGAAGCCGGAAAAUCUUCUUUUGGAUGACAACGAGAAUUUGAAGGUGUCGGAUUUUGGGUUGUCCGCCUUGCCAGAGCAGUUGAGGAUCGACGGACUCUUGCACACUCGUUGCGGGACUCCCGCGUACGUGGCGCCGGAAGUUCUACAGAAAAAAGGGUAUGACGGAGCAAAAGCUGAUAUUUGGUCAUGUGGGGUGAUUCUAUACGUGUUAUUGGCUGGAUUUCUUCCAUUUCAAGAUGAAAACAUCAUGAUAAUGUAUAGAAAAGUUUUCAAGGCAGAAUUUGAUUUUCCACCCUGGUUUUCACAUGAAUCAAAGAGGUUAAUUUCAAGACUUUUGGUGGCUGAUCCAGAAAAAAGAAUUACAAUUCCUGCUAUAAUGAGUGUCCCUUGGUUCUACAAAGGGUUUAUUAGGUCACUUUCUUUUUCAACUCAAGAAAAUCUUGAUGCUUCAGAGAGUAAAGAACCAGAUUUUUUAAGAUCAAAAUCAUCCCCUCCUUUCUAUAAUGCAUUUGAAUUUAUAUCAUCGAUGUCGUCGGGGUUCGAUUUGUCGAGUUUGUUCGAGGGGAGGAGGAAAUCAGGAUCUCUUUUUACGUCCAAAUGUUCAGCUUCGAUGAUCAUGAGCAAGCUAGAAUCAGUUGCCAAGAAGCUGAAUUUUAAGAUUUUAUUAGCCAAGAAUUUUAAGAUGAAAGUGCAAGGGGUUUCCGAUGGACGAAAAGGGAAGUUGUCAGUGAUGGCCGAGGUUUUCGAGGUGGCACCGGAGGUGGCGGUGGUGGAGUUCUCCAAGUCUGCUGGCGACACACUCGAGUACAGAAAGUUUUGUGAGGAGGAUGUAAGGCCUGCCCUUAAAGACAUUGUUUGGAGUUGGCAAGGGGAGAGCUACAUCUGCGUAGAUUAA